AUGCCUGUGUCUGAUCCUAGUUCAGGGCGCACGUUCAUAUGGAUCAUAGCUGGUCUUUUGUUCAUCUCUGUAGCCGCAGGAGGGGCAUGCCUUGUGGCAUACCUUCUCCUUCCUGAAUCAGAAACAUCAACAUCUUGGAUACCCGAAAUUGGGGUGGGAUUGGUUAGCCUACCAUGGCUGUUUUGGUUGCUCACUUUCAUAUACAGAAUCCUCUCAAGGAUUUUUGGAUGUAGAGUUAGUUUUGGUGGAGGAAGUGUAGGAAAUUGGGUUCCUGCUGCAAAGGCAGAUGUGGAGGUUGCAGUUGCAUCUCAUGCAAAAGGUGGAGAUCAGUUGAAUAGGGCAUCAUCUUUUGCUUCACACGAAAGUGAAAUGGCAUUGGCAAAAUCUAUGGCAACAUGA